AUGAAGCUGUCUUCCAUAUUACAGUUCGAAGCACAACGUAUUUCAACAGUAAAUGAGGAGCUCCAUCGUCAUCUUUUUCAAAGCGAUGUUCCUUCCACGUCGUCUGCUGAACCGUUGCAUAUUGAGCUGCCAAAGCUUAAAUCACCAUCUCUGCAGAAUCAUUUCAGAAUAAUCUCAGAGGAACUGGUGCGUAAGUACAAAGACUAUUUGGAUUUAGCAGCUUCGUUUCCAUUCUCGUUUCCUAAACCGCUUCAGUGGAAAUGUGAGAUUGGUUGGACAAGGUAUACUCAUAGUGGAGAUAUCGAGCAGGUGGAGUAUCCAAAAGAAGAUGUGUUCUUUUUUGAUGUUGAAACGUGUGUACAAGAUGGGCAACUGCCAACUCUUGCUGUUGCGUUGUCUGCUGAGGCAUGGUAG